UUGAUCGGACAGGAGCAACUGAGCCAGAUCCAACAAAGCAGACGGCUCAGUUCAAAGAGAAUUCAAAAUUUGGGGACCUGUCAAUAGCAGGCAAAGAUGGCAACCCUCAGUGUGAAGUCAGGACAGCGCUACAAUGUGUCUGACUGGGAGACCAGUAACAGGUUGAUGUCUGACACUGCUAUCAACAAGCGAAUGAUCUCUCAAGAGGUUCGCCAGGAGGCCCGGGCUCUACGCAAUGAAACUAAUAAUAAGACUGCCUGGGAUAAGAGUGACACCUGUCGCAGGCUAAGAGACAGAAUAUAUGACGUGACACGCUGGAAGGAGAACCUGGCGACCUGCGCGCAGGAAGUGGACAAAGAGAUGGAAGCCCUCACCCUGAUGAAAGAAGAGCUGGAGAGAACGCUGGCCUCCACGACGCUCCCUCUGGACGUGGCGGCGGAAUGCCUGACCCUGAGGGAGCGUCGCCGUGGAGGCGAGCUGGUCAGCGACCCCGUGGAGGCGGAGCUUAAGAAAGAGGUGGAGGUGAUUGACGGGAUCCAGCGCGCGCUGCAGCAGCGAAUCAGCAGAGCCUUCGAGCAGCUUUGCCUGUUACAGGAGAUUCGGCACCAGCUGACCAAUGAUCUCCAAAACAAGAUGGAGGCUCUAGAUGUGGACAAUACCUGCUUGUCGCUCACAGAGACCUCAAGCGAGAUCUCCCUGAAGCCAAACCCCACGCGUGUGCUGUCAGGUUCUACUACUCCCCAGCAGUGGGAGCAGUUCAGCAGGUACAAUGUGAGUCGGGCCCUGGAAGAGAUGGAGGCCUCACUGCAGUUGAGGGAAGACAUGACACUAACCAAAGCUCAGGCUCUUAAUGAGUUGGAAGCCCAGCGUGUGGCCACUGAUUUUGCCCUUCGCAAACGCAGUCAUCAUCUGCAACAGGCCCGCGACGAGCUGGAGUGGCAACGGAAGACUACUCAGGAUGAGAUCACACAAUUGGAGCAGGACAUCCGUGGGCUGGAGGAGGAUCUUCGUGCCAAAACCGCUCCUCUGAAGCUGGCCCACACUCGUCUGGAGCACAGAACCACGCGGCCGGGAGCGGACCUGUGCCGAGAUGAGGUGCAGUUUGGGCUUGUGGAAGAAGUCAAGCAACUGGAGGCCACCAUUGAAGCAUUAAAGCAGAAACUGGCCCAAGCCCAGCACUCCCUCCAGGCCCUGCUGCAGCACCAGGCAAGCAUGGGGGAGGACCUGUCCCGAAAGCUGCACGCCCUCUCCCUGGAACAGCGCAGCCAGGAGACCCGUCAGCGCCUCAAUGCUCCCCCCCAACAGGAGCUGACCGCCAGCGCCAUAGUUCCACUCACCAAUUCUAGCGGGAGACACGCCCUGGAGCUGCUUUAACCUCACUCCCUGUACCCCACCCCCAGAACCCUGCAUCCCUCUUCCCGUAAC